CCAACCCACUCCCUGGAGCCCGAGAAGGAGCCCGGCUUGUCCCCCAUCGUCACCAAGGCUCGCUGGAUCUGCGCGAGGCUCGGAGCGAUUCUGCUCGGGUUUCGAACCGGGGACCUGUUCAGUUUUUCUCUUUAGACCAUCGUUGUGAAUCCAGAAGAUGACUGAACCACGCAACCCAGGCAUGUCCUCCGCCCCCCAGAUAAACCCCACCCACACGGAGCCCAGCGCCCAGGCGGUCGAGAUGGACCCGGUGGAGUACACCCUGAGGAAGCGCCUCCCCCGCAAACUGCCCAAGAGGCGGAACGACGUCUACGUCAACAUGAAGACGGACUUCCGGGCCCAGCUGGCGCGCUGUCAGAAGCUGCUGGAGGGCGGAGGCCACAGGGAGAUCUGCGUCCACGGCCUGGGCCUGGCCAUCAACAGAGCCAUCAACAUCGCCCUGCAGCUGCAGGCCGGCAGCCAGGGGGCCCUGCAGCUGGCGGCCAACACCUCCACGGUGGAGCUCAUAGACGACCUGGAGCCCGAAGAUCCCGACGAGGCGGGGGAGCCCAUGACGCGCACGCGCAACAACUCAGCCAUUCACAUCAAGGUCUUCUACCCUGAUCCACAGUGACCUGAAAGUGUUACAUCUGACUCAUUUCCCCCUCCUGUUAUUUAUUUUCCCCUAAAAGCAAAAAGAACCAAGGUCUUGUCGGACGAUUUUUCUGUCGGAUCUCAUAGCGGAGCAGGUUGAUCGUUCAAGAAUCCCACUGGAAUCCCUUCUAAUGGAGAAAAUAAGAUGUAAACAUGUACAACGUAUGACGUUCAUCAUUGUGGUGUCCACUUGUGUGCAUGUUUUCUAAAAUUCAUAGAAUAUAUAAUCUCCACAAUGUUAUUAAAGUGAGUGUUAUUGCUCUAAGUGUCCACUAGGUGUCGGUAUUUAGCUCCAGUGAGUAAAAGUGUGGCUGUGGUUCUUCGAGCCAAACUUUAACGGAUGCGUUUGGCAACUUUUUCCUUAUUGUUUACAUUUUUUUAGGGUUCAGCUAAAGAUCAGCGAGACUUGAACCGAGCUCGUUUCUCCUCCUCUGGGAGAUUUCUGGUGUUUGAUGCGACCAAAACCGAUGCGGUAAAAGAUUAUGUAUUUGGUUUAAUAAAAUAAAAGUGGCUUGAAAUGUU